AUGUCGCUUCAAUCAUUGAGCUCCUAUGUUUCCUUCCGUGGCCAAGCACCAGAUGGCCAGCAUCCGAACCAGGACGGAGCGUCGCCGCCGUUGCCCAAUGCACCGCCGGGUUCUCCAAAUCUUUUGCGUGGCAUAUCAUUCUCGUCCUUGCGUAGCCUGACUUCUUUCAGCCGUCGCCGGUUUGAGGAAUCCGCGGCCGUUCAACCACCCACCAGACCCCCCCCAAUCCCGGAACCUGGUUCGCCGGCCGGACUGAGCCUGCUGUCUCUGUCAUCACUGCGAAGCCUCACUUCUUUCGACAAGGAAACGGCAACUGUGGAGCCUCGACUACCCAAAGUGGCUAUUAUCCCUCCUACUCGCUCUUCUGGGCCGCCAAGGCGAAAACGCAGCAUUCUUUCUCGGAAGAAGAUUGUCCACGCCCUGCUUCACUUUCCGAUAGUGAUCAGACGUCGGGUUGUCAUGGUGGAUGCUGGAACGCAGACUAUCCCCCCUCCCACGGUGGCGGAAUCCUCCCCAGCACGAAGAAGUGAUUACCGACUGAUAAUCACUGCGGCGUUGUAUUUCUACUUCAUUGUAUAG